AUGGUACGCAGCUACCACCAGACUACACAGCUCCUCCAUAAUGGUUUUGAGGAGCAAUGGACUUGGAAUAAAAAAGACAAAUCUCACGAAGUUCGUUUAUACGGUACUAAAUUUCAAACAGCACAUUUCCAUCCGAACUGGUCAAAUGGAACCGCCGGAGUUCGUGGCUCGCAGGUUCUCAACUGUGGAAGACAUUACUGGGAAAUCAAAGUAUCCCAGCGAAUAUUUGGGACGAGUAUGAUGUUUGGUGUCGGCACAAGACGUGCCCGGCUACAUGUGGAUGCAUUUGUGAAUAUGUUGGGAGAGGAUGGUCAGAGUUGGGGCCUGUCCCAUAAAGGACUGUUGUGGCAUAAUGGUCGCUGGAGACAAUACACCACGCCCUUCAAGGAGAAUGAGGCGACUGUAAUAGGGAUGCUUUUCGAUGGACACGAAGGAACUCUCAGUUUCUUCAAAGACGGGUCAUAUCUUGGAGUGGCAUUUUCUGGUCUAAAUGAGAUUGAAGAAGAACUCUUUCCAAUUGUGUGCUCCACUGCCGCCAAGACAGAGAUGACUCUUGGAGUUAGGAGACGAGGAUAUGUGAGCUUACAAGACCGUUGUAGAGCUACGAUUUUAUCGAAAGUGAAACAAAACAAUGAUAUAGACAACUUGCCUCUUCCGAGUCGUAUCAAGUCGUUCCUCAAAGAUGUGGCGAAAUGA